AUGAAGGAGGAGCACUACGGCGACGGUGACGGCGAGGGCGAGGAGGAGGAGGAGAACUACGCCGGCGAGUCCGAGCACCCGUCGCAGCCCGAGGGCGACGAGGAGGAGGAGGAGGAGGAGGAAGAGGAGGAGGAAGGUGUUGGUAUUAGAGAAGUUAUGUUAACAAAUGGAUGCCCUGGAGGUGAAUCUAAGUGCAUUGUACGGGUGGAAGAAUGUCGUGGACCAGUAGACUGUGGCUGGGGUAAACCAAUAUCAGAAAGUCUUGACAGUGUGAAACUGGCCUGUGUUCAUACAGCUCCUGAAAAUCGUUUCAAAUAUAUUUGGAAAAUUCUAAGGCCAGAGCAACAACCCGUUGUACUUGCAAAUGAUUCAGCAUUCCUAGAAGUAAGCAGGCCAAUUCACCCCUUGGAUUAUGAGUGCGAUACCUUCGAGAAUAAUGAAAUAGUGGCAACUCUUAGAUUCACAGUCUAUACCUCAAAUGAAUUGCAGAUGAAAAGAUCCAAAGGACCGGACACUGAUGCAGUGCUAGUGUUUGUGCUGACCAUAGGAGUUGUGAUGUGUAUAUUUGUGAUCUUUGUGCUGAUUUUCAUAAUCAUAAACUGGGCGGCAGUAAAGUCUUUCUGGGAGGGAAAAGUCUCAGGGACUGAGAUACGUUCUGAGCAGACUUCAGUGAAAGGCAAAGGGUCAGCUACUCUUGAACGAUCACCAACAGGAAUACGUGGACGUGACGAUGAUGCCCUGAGCGAGUGGAAUGAUUAAUGUGUAACAAGCCAAAG